AUGGCUCUGAGUUUUAAGUUUGACACAGAACCAAUAAACCAGGUACUUUUCCGAGGAAAUUCUUCUGUGAAGCUAGUGAUACUAAAUAGGCCUCAUAAGUUAAAUGUCCUUAACUUUGAAAUGGUUUCUCAAAUUUUAAAGAAUUUAAGGAUGUAUGAGGAUGACUCUUCAGUUAAACUUGUAAUAUUGAAGGGUAAUGGAAAAGGAUUUUGUGCCGGAGGUGAUGUAGUAUCAAUAAUUUCUACGUCACUCAUAGGACAUUGGACUUACCCUGUGAAAUUUUAUGGUAAAACACUCAUUUUGGACCAUUUGGCAGCAACCUACAAAAAGCCUCUAGUAUCUGUGAUUAAUGGAGUGGUUAUGGGAGGAGGAGCGGGUCUUUCCAUGAACACAACCUUCAGAAUUGUAACUGAAAAAGCUGUAUUUGCAAUGCCAGAGGCACAUAUAGGGUAUUUUCCAGAUGUGGGUGCAAGUUACUUCCUAUCUAGGCUUCCUGGCUAUUUUGGGGAGUAUUUAGGGUUAACUGGAACUCGUUUGGAUGGAAUAGAAAUGGCAGCAUGUGGAUUAGCUACACAUUUCGUCCAUUCCACCAAGCUUAAUGCAUUGGAAAAUGCUCUACAAGCUAUUACUUCUUCAAAUGUAUCAACAGUUUCUGCUUUAAUAGAAACUUUCACAGAGAAACCAACUGUGAAAAAAGAUAGCCCUUUCAAGAGAUUGGAGAUUAUAAACAAAUGUUUCUCAAAAGGGACAGUGGAAGAUAUAAUUCAAUCCUUGAAAAAUGAAUUAGAAAACAGAGCAGAAGAAAAGUGGAUAACAAAUACAUUAAGCUCUAUGCGUUUUUCAAGUCCCAUGAGUCUUAAGAUCUUCUUAAAAUCUAUCAGAAAAGGCAGAAUAGAAAACAUUGAAGAAUGUCUUUACAGGGAUUAUAACAUUGCUUGCCACCUCAAUCGAAGAACAGUAAGCAAUGAUUUCUACGAGGGUUCAAGAGCAAAGCUGUUUGAUAAAGACAACAAGCCUAAGUGGGAGCCUUCAAAGCUAGAGUUGGUUAGUGAAGAAAUGGUGGAUCAGCACUUUACAAAUAUCACUGACGAUACAUGGGAGCCUUUACAACUUCCUUUAAGAUCCCAUUCUCCAAUCAUAACUGCCUGCAGAUUAUAA